AUGUCUUGCUUUGGAUGCUGUGGUGAUGAAGAUACUCAAAGAGCACCAGACAACAGGAAUCAAUACCCAGGAAACCAUCCAGCCGAUCCAACUCCCAAAGGUCCUCAACCUGUGAAAGUGCAACCCAUUGCAGUUCCCACCAUUCCUAUGGAUGAAAUUAGGGAGGUUACUAAGGGUUUUGGUGAUGAAGCUUUGAUUGGUGAGGGUUCCUUUGGCAGAGUAUAUUUUGGUACUCUAAGAAAUGGUAGAGGUGCAGCAAUCAAAAAGCUGGAUUCCAGUAAGCAGCCAGACCAAGAAUUGCUGGCACAGGUAUCUAUGGUAUCAAGGCUUAAGCAUGAAAAUGUUGUGGAGUUGCUUGGUUACUGUCUUGACGGGAACACCCGUGUCCUUGCUUAUGAGUUUGCCACUAUGGGCUCUCUUCAUGAUAUGCUUCAUGGAAGGAAAGGUGUUAAAGGGGCUCAGCCAGGUCCGGUCUUAUCAUGGAUACAACGGGUGAAGAUAGCUGUUGGUGCAGCGAAAGGCCUAGAGUAUCUUCAUGAGAAAGCACAGCCUCACGUCAUACACAGGGACAUCAAGUCCAGCAACGUUCUUCUCUUUGAUGAUGAUGUAGCUAAAAUAGCCGACUUCGAUUUGUCAAACCAAGCUCCUGACAUGGCAGCCCGGCUUCACUCAACUAGGGUUCUGGGAACAUUUGGAUACCAUGCACCUGAGUAUGCAAUGACUGGUCAACUUAGCUCUAAGAGCGAUGUGUACAGUUUUGGAGUUGUUCUUCUGGAGCUAUUGACUGGGAGGAAACCUGUCGACCAUACAUUACCGAGGGGGCAGCAGAGCCUUGUCACAUGGGCCACCCCAAGACUGAGUGAAGAUAAGGUUAGGCAAUGUGUUGACUCUAGACUUGGAGGGGACUAUCCUCCUAAGGCUGUUGCAAAGUUUGCAGCCGUCGCGGCAUUGUGCGUCCAAUAUGAAGCCGACUUCCGGCCAAACAUGAGCAUCGUCGUCAAGGCGCUCCAGCCCCUGCUGAAUGCGCGAGCAGCCCACCCCGGGGCUGAGCAUGCCGGACGCUAA